AUGCGGCCAGUCAAAGAAACGAUCACCUACCCGCGCAUCAAGGUCACUGCCGAGAACGAUCCUUGCCUUAAUCCUUCCCAGGAGGUGGAGCAUAUCCUGAGCUGCGGCCACAUAAUCACCUCCGCUACUGCUAACGAGCUAUGCGGUUCUAACUGCUAUCAUGUUGCAGCAAGGAAGCAGCGCGUAGGGACGCAAUCCGCAGCUGACUUUUGGUGCAACGCAUGCGUUGAAGAGCGUAUCGAGGCGGAGAUCGCCAAGGAAAACACCAAUGCCACUGUCGCAGAGUCUCGCCGUACGUUCCUGCGCAUCGACUUCGCGAAGAAGAACCGCAAGGCCCAGAAAGCCGCCCGCAAGUGCUAUAUCGGCCUGAAAGUCGUUUCUGUACCAUGCGACAACCGUGGCCGGACGCCAAAGGGCUACAAGCCGCCACCGAGUGACCAUCCUUUCGAUACCGCGUUGCCGCGGGCCGGCGACAACAUGUUCGAAGACGUGGAUCCUAGUCCUCAGGAACAACCGCCCACGAGCGCUACCACGGAGCCCAUCGAACUACCCACGGCAGAAACCGGCAGGAAGCGUGCCCGCUCUUCUGAGGAUGACGAUGAAGAAGUGGUUCCCGCUCCUCCACGCAAGAGCAAGCGGAUUGCGGCACGGCGGGUGCAUGAUCGGGUGACAAGCUCCACGACGUCUUGA